GUGAAUCUGUGGUUUCUUAGUUACGAACUAGAUCCAUAGAGUAUUGAAUUUCUAGCAAAAGACAAGUAACACAAAAAUUGUUUAAACAAAAACAAAUAUUAAGAUUAUUUACAAAUUAUUUCAAGGAAUUUAUUGAGAUCUUGUGGACAUGAUCUUCUGAUUACAAUCAGAGAUAAUCCUCAGAAUGCAUUCCCUCAAUAUAAUUAUUCUCAAACAGGAACAGUAAGGAAAUAAAUCAAAGUUAUGAUUUUGAAAUGCAUCUCCUUGAAUACACUUUAUGUUAUCUAUCUUUAUAAACUGUUAAUCAAAGAUGGGAAAUACAGUUUGUGAUAUAGAAAUCUGGAAGCACAGUAAAUGGAGAAUUAUUGAUAAACUGAGAUAGUAAAAAUUUUGUCUGUAAUUGAAUUCACAUUCCUAAUUCUAAUGUUUGUGCCAUAUUGAGGCAAUACUUAAUACUUGGCGACAAAUCAAACACUGACUCUAGGUAUCCCAAAUCUAAACUAAUAAAUUUAAGUCAAUACUAAUAGCUAGGUACUAAAUAAACUUUAUAUCAAUUACAAUGGGUGAUAGAAGAAUAAAUAGAUAUAUUAACAAAAUAUAUGAGAUUGCAACUAGAAACCGGAGAAAAAAAAGAACUGGAUGGAUUCUGAAGCAUACUACAUUAAAAAAAUGUGUUCUUGCUGUAAUACUUGUGAGCAUUAUAUUAAUGGUUUUGUAUUGGAAACACAUAAAUACACCCUAUUUGGCUCAUUUUAUUCAAAAGAACACUCGCCCUGAACCUAAUAUAAGAUGUGGCUUAAUGAAUGGGCCAAGGAUACUGAAAGAUCAUGGCCACAAAACCGAGGCACAGCUCAGAAGUUACCCAAAAGUACUUGUUUUUGUGGAAACUGCAUUCUCAAAAUUGGGUCGGGAUAUUGCAGAAUUAUUAGUUCAUACUCGGAUUAAGUAUAAGGUAGAGGUAGCAGGCAAAAGUUUACCAGUAUUAACAAAUUUAGAUAAAGGCCGAUAUGGUGUUAUAGUCUUUGAGAAUUUCAGUAAAUAUUUAGAAAUGGAUAACUGGAACAGAGAGUUGUUGGAUAAAUACUGUCGGGAAUACCUUGUUGGUAUGAUAGGUUUCAUCCCAUCAAAUGAAGAGACCUAUGUUGGAUCCCAGCUGAAAGGAUUUCCACUUUUCAUCCAUACUAACCUCAGAUUGAGAGACGCAGCUCUCAAUCCAACAUCUCAGAUCUUGAGGCUUACCCGUGCUGGGGAGACAGCCUGGGGGGAAUUACCAGGAAAUGACUGGACAGUAUUUCAGGCAAAUCACUCUACCUAUGAACCUUUAGAGUGGGCUCACAAAAAUGAUUAUUUCAAACCAACUGAAGGAGAAAUUCGAACACCCCUCACUACCGUCCUGCAAGAUCAUGGCCUUUUUGACAAUAUCCAGAGAGUUAUUUUUGGCUCAGGUUUGAAAUUCUGGCUCCAUAGAUUACUUUUCUUAGACUCCCUAAGUUAUUUAAGUCACGGGCAGCUGAGCUUAUCGCUAGACCGAAUGUUCUUAGUUGACAUUGAUGAUAUCUUCGUUGGGGAAGUUGGAACUCGACUCAAAUCUGAUGAUGUUAGGGCUUUGAUAGAUACCCAGUCGAGAAUUCAAGCUAUGGUUCCGGGAUUCAAAUUUAACCUCGGUUUUUCUGGAAAGUACUUCCAUCAUGGAAAUUCGGAAGAGGAUGAAGGGGACGAUGUGAUACUGGAAAAUAUCGAUAAGUUCAUGUGGUUUUCUCACAUGUGGAACCACUUACAACCUCAUUUGUAUGACAAUCUUACUUUUCUCAUGGAGGAUAUGAUGCUCAACAAAAAUUUCGCGAAACAGAAAGGUAUUCCUGUAGACUCAGGGUAUUCUGUUGCUCCCCACCAUUCUGGUGUGUACCCGGUUCAUGAAAUUCUUUAUACCGCAUGGAAAAAAGUUUGGAACAUAAGAGUGACAUCUACUGAAGAGUAUCCCCACUUGAGACCAGCCAGACUUAGGAGAGGCUUCAUACAUAGGAACAUCAUGGUAUUGCCAAGACAAACAUGCGGUCUCUUUACUCACACAAUGAUGAUAGACAAGUAUCCUGGCGGCCGAAUGAAGCUAGACGAGUCGAUACAAGGGGGAGAAUUGUUUCAAACUAUCGUUUAUAAUCCAAUCAACAUUUUUAUGACCCAUAUGUCUAAUUACGGAAAUGACAGACUCGGACUAUACACGUUUGAAUCUGUGAUAAAAUUUAUUAGAUGCUGGACCAACAUACAUCUCACAUCUGCUCCUCCAUUACAAAUCGCAGAAGCCUACUUCAAAUUAUAUCCCGGAGAAGUUGAUCCAGUUUGGGGGAAUCCCUGUUUGGACACGAGACAUCAAAAAAUAUGGUCGAAAAAUAAAUCGUGCGAUUCCUUGCCGAAAUUUCUAGUGAUAGGACCACAGAAAACUGGAACAACAGCUCUCUAUACAUUCCUCUCUCUGCAUCCAGCUAUCGCUAGUAAUAUUCCCAGUACUGAUACUUUCGAAGAAAUACAAUUCUUCAACGCCCACAAUUAUUUACGAGGCUUAGAUUGGUACAUGAACUUCUUUCCGGUUGACGUCAACUCGACCACCAAGUAUUAUUUUGAAAAAAGUGCCACAUAUUUCGACGGAGAACUGGUUCCUAGAAGAGUGCAUGCACUCUUACCUUAUGCAAAACUUAUAACCAUCUUGAUAUCGCCAGCAAAACGAGCGUACUCUUGGUACCAACAUAUUAAAGCUCAUGGGGAUCCUUCUGCCAACAACUAUACUUUUAAUCAGGUUAUCACAGCUUCCGAUACCGCACCAAAGUCUCUGAGGGAUUUGAGAAAUAGAUGUUUGAACCCUGGAAAAUACGCGCAACACUUAGAAAGAUGGCUCACUUAUUUCGCACCUCAGAAUCUGCAUAUUAUAGAUGGGGAAGUGCUGAAAUCCAAUCCUGUUGAGGUUAUGAAUGAGAUGCAGAAGUUUUUGAAGAUCACACCCUUUAUGAACUACACAGAACAUCUAAGGUUUGACUCGAAGAAGGGGUUCUACUGCCAAGUGAAAAAUAAUCGUCCAAAAUGUCUGGGUAGGAGCAAAGGAAGACAUUACCCACCCAUGGAUGAAAAAUCGCAGAAAUUCCUGCAAAGAUAUUACGUAAGUCAUAAUACUGCAUUGGUAAAGAUGAUGAAGCGAAUUGGGAUAAGGACAGUUCCUAAUUGGCUUAAAGAUGAUCUUUCCGAUAACGUAGCAUAGUCAUGAUAAAGACCUGAAUUGAAAUUUCGUACAAAAUUUUUCAAUAUUUAUAAUUUAUCUGAUUGUAUAUAUUUUUAUAUUACGUAUUUAUUCUUGUUGAUUUAAGUGAAAUGAUGAGAACAGGGGGAUUUGACCACAUCACAGAAAAAUAUAAUAAUAAUAAUAUUCAGAGGUCACAGAUUGACAUUUUAUUCAUCACAGACUUUAAUUAUUGUCUUGAAAAUUACAAAAAUUUUUUUGGUAUUUUUAGUUACCAAUUUUGUAUUCAAAUACAUGAUAAUUGUUCCUUUUGUUGAAGCCUACAUUAGGCUAUAUUUGCACUUAUUAAGAAUCACAAGAAGGUAAGAUUUUAUUUUGAGUUCCCAGUGAAAUUAUAUUUCUUCUUUUUCACAUUUCACAUAUCCUUAUCGAUGUUCAUUUUGAAUUGUACAAACAUAAAAUA